AUGGCGGCGCCUGUGACAACGGAUGACUUGAGGAGGACCAUGAGCCGGCGGGGUAGUUCAUCGGCCAGUAAGAAAGGUUGGGCUUCAGCAAGUAUCCGGGAGGUGUUGGGAGCACCAGGAGGUGAUGCAUUUCAGAAGAGUGGGAGGCAGGAUGAUGAAGAGGAGCUCAAAUGGGCUGCAAUUGAGAGGCUUCCAACUUAUGAUCGGCUGAGGAAGAGCAUGCUUACGCAAGUUUUGGACAAUGGAAGAGUUAUUCAUGAAGAAGUUGAUGUUGCCCACCUUUGUAUAGAUGACAAGAAGAAUCUCAUGGACAGUAUACUAAAAGUUGUUGAAGACGAUAAUGAAAGAUUCCUGAGGAGGCUUCGCGAUCGAACUGACAGGAUCGGGAUUGACAUACCCACAGUUGAGAUCAGAUAUCAGAACUUAUCUGUUGAAGGAGAUGCAUUUGUUGGGAGUAGAGCACUUCCAACUCUUUUCAACUCUUCAAUAAAUUCCAUUGAGGGAUUUUUGGGAUCGCUCAAGGUUUUCCCAUCAAAGAAGGAGGCUGUCAAAAUACUUGAUGAAGUGUCAGGAUUAGUAAAACCAUCAAGAAUGACAUUGUUAUUGGGGCCUCCGGCAUCAGGAAAGACUACAUUGUUGAAGGCUUUAGCAGGAAAGCUGGAGGAUGAUCUUAGAGUUGAUGGAAAGAUCACUUACUGUGGUCACGAGUUGAAAGAAUUCAUUCCUCAGAGAACUUGUGCUUAUAUCAGUCAGAAUGAUCUUCAUCAUGGUGAGAUGACAGUCAGGGAAACCUUGGACUUCUCUGGAAGAUGCCUCGGAGUUGGAACCAGAUAUGAGCUUCUAGCAGAAAUGUCGAGAAGAGAAAAAGAUGCAGGAAUUAAACCUGAUCCUGAGAUAGAUGCCUUCAUGAAGUCCACUGCAAUGGCAGGACAAAAGACCAGUUUGGUCACUGAUUAUGUUCUAAAGAUACUUGGACUGGACAUCUGUGCUGAUACCAUGGUUGGUGAUGACAUGAGAAGAGGUAUUUCGGGUGGACAAAAGAAGCGAGUUACAACUGGAGAAAUGUUGGUUGGGCCUGCAAAAGUUUUCUUCAUGGAUGAAAUCUCUACCGGUCUUGACAGCUCAACGACAUUCCAGAUAAUCAAGUACAUGAGGCAAAUGGUUCAUAUCAUGGAUGUCACCAUGAUAAUCUCUCUUCUGCAACCAGCACCUGAAACAUUUGAUUUGUUUGACGAUAUCAUAUUGCUUUCAGAAGGACAAAUCGUGUAUCAUGGUCCUCGUGAGUAUGUGCUCGAUUUCUUUGAAGAUGUCGGUUUCAAAUGCCCUGAGAGGAAGGGAAUUGCUGAUUUUCUGCAAGAGGUUACAUCUAAGAAGGAUCAGGAGCAAUAUUGGUUCAGAAAGGAUGAACCUUAUAGAUAUGUAUCGGUAUCAGAUUUUGCUGAUCAGUUCAGAUCUUUUCAUGUUGGGCAGAACAUGUAUAGUGAACUUAGUGUUCCAUAUGACAGAAGUAAAACCCAUCCAGCAGCAUUGGUUAAAGAUAAAUAUGGAAUUUCCAACAAAGAACUGUUUAGAGCUUGCCUGUCAAGGGAGUGGCUCUUGAUGAAAAGGAACUCCUUUGUGUACAUUUUCAAGACUGUCCAGAUCACAAUCAUGGCUGUGUUCACUUUUACUGUGUUCUUCAGGACACAGAUGAAAUCGGGUACAAGCGAAGAUGGCGCCAAAUUCUUCGGCGCGCUAUUCUUCAGUCUUCUCAAUGUGAUGUUCAAUGGGAUGGCUGAGCUUGCCAUGACUAUUUUCAGGCUCCCUGUGUUUUUCAAACAGAGGGACUCCUUGUUUUACCCUGCCUGGGCUUUUGCUCUCCCAAUUUGGCUUCUGAGGAUCCCCGUUUCGGUGUUAGAUUCACUCAUUUGGAUUAUUCUUACUUACUACACCAUUGGCUUUGCUCCUUCUGCCAGUAGAUUCUUUAUGCAACUGUUGGCAUAUAUUGGCAUCCAUCAGAUGGCUUUGGGUCUGUUCCGUUUUGUUGCAGCUCUUGGAAGAACACAGGUUGUAGCAAACACAUUUGGAACCUUUACAUUGCUAUUAGUGUUCGUCCUUGGUGGAUUCAUCAUUGCGAAAAAUGAUCUCCAGCCUUGGUUGAAAUGGGCUUACUACAUCUCCCCAAUGUCUUAUGGCCAGAAUGCAAUUGUUAUUGUCGAAUUUCUCGACAAGAGAUGGCAUGCGCCUAAUAAUGAUACAAGGUUUGCGGGAAAAACGGUCGGAAUGGAACUUCUUGAUGGUAUGGGAAUGUUCACAGAACAACGUUGGUACUGGAUUUGUGUCAUUGCGCUGUUUGCAUUUUCCAUCUUUUUCAACCUCUGCUUUGUAGCGGCACUCACAUACUUGAACCCAUUUGCGGAAUCUAAGUCAGUGAAAGUAAAUGAGGAUGAUGAAAUUAAGAAAACUCAACGACAAUUCUCUAAUGCCAAGGCAAUAUCAGACAGGAGCUCCACAUCUACUGCACCAAUGUUUGAAAUGAAAAGCAAUUCAGAUGUAGCCAACAAAAAAGGAAUGGUGCUACCAUUUCAGCCCUUGUCACUUUCAUUUGAUGAAGUAAACUACUAUGUUGACAUGCCUGCAGAAAUGAAGAGUCAAGGAAUUGAAGAGACUCGACUCCAACUGUUGAGAGAAGUCAGUGGUGCUUUCAGGCCUGGAGUUUUGACAGCACUAAUGGGAGUCAGUGGUGCUGGAAAGACCACCUUGAUGGAUGUUCUAGCCGGUAGGAAAACCGGAGGAUAUAUCGAAGGAAAUAUCAGCAUCUCUGGCUACCCUAAGAACCAAGAAACUUUUGCUCGUGUUAGUGGAUAUUGUGAACAGAACGACAUCCAUUCUCCAAAUGUUACUGUUUACGAGUCUCUUCUGUACUCCGCUUGGCUGCGACUUCCUUCUGAAGUGAAUGCAGAAACAAGAAAGAUGUUUGUGGAGGAAGUUAUGGAUUUGGUUGAACUGAAUGCACUGAGAAACUCUUUAGUUGGCCUUCCUGGAGUAGAUGGUUUAUCUACAGAACAAAGAAAAAGGCUUACCAUCGCGGUCGAAUUAGUUGCCAACCCAUCAAUCAUUUUCAUGGAUGAACCAACCUCAGGUUUAGAUGCUAGAGCUGCUGCAAUUGUCAUGAGAGCUGUGAGGAACACGGUGGACACAGGCCGAACCGUUGUCUGCACCAUUCACCAGCCAAGCAUAGACAUCUUUGAAGCCUUUGAUGAGCUCUUUUUAAUGAAGAGAGGAGGGCAAGUCAUUUAUGCUGGACCUCUGGGUCACCAAUCUCAGCAUUUAAUUGAUUACUUUGAAUCUGUUCCGGGGGUUACCAAGAUAACAGAUGGAUAUAAUCCGGCCACAUGGAUGCUGGAAGUCAGUUCCUCUGCUAUUGAAAAUCAACUCGGAGUGGACUUUUCAGAAAUCUAUGCAACCUCUGAUCUCCACAACCGGCAUUAA